UUUCCUCAAUCCUCCAUUGAUUCAACCCGACAUGACACUGGAAGACACACACACACAUACACAUACACACACGUACACACACACGCGGAUUAAGCCCGACAUCCAGCAGGUGAAGUGGUGACUUCCUGUCCUGAGCCCGCCUCCAGCCUGCUGAGCGACCAACAGCACGACCAAUGGGCGGCCGGCGUGGGCGGGGCCAGGAUGAGUGCCGAGCCGCUAUUGGAGGAGACGCUGAUCAAGCGGUCGCAGCAGAAGAAGAGAACGUCACCGCUCAACUACAAGGAGCGACUGUUCGUCCUGACCAGGAGCAAACUGAGCUACUACGACGGCAGGGCUGAGAAGAAGUUCAGGAAAGGCUGCAUCGAGCUGAGCCGGGUCCGCUGUGUGGAGAUCGUCAAGAACGGAGGAGGGAUCAUCCCCUGCCAGAACAAAUACCCCUUCCAGGUGGUGUAUGACACCAACACACUCUAUGUGUUCGCUCCCAGUCACGACAGCAGGAGCGUCUGGGUCCAGACACUCAAAGAUGUGAUCAAACACAACUUGGCGAUCGAGGCGAAGUUCCACCCUCAGUUCUGGCAGGAGGGGGCGUGGCUCUGCUGUCGCCAGGCGGAGAAGCUGGCACUGGGCUGCGAGAAGUACAACCUGUUUGGAGACAUUUCCAGGAAACCUCUGCCCCCGAUUCCUGGAGAGGAGAGGAAAGACAAGUCUCGCCGCCCCCCUCCUCCCCCGAAGCCCGAGGAUGAGGAUGGCGGCGGUGAAGACGAGGAUGAAGACGAGGAGGAGGAGGAGGAGGAGAAGGAGAAGGAGGAGCGCAGGGAGCUGGUGGUGGUGGCGCUGUACGACUUCCCGGGCACCGAGCCGCACGACCUGAGCCUGGUGACGGGCGGCGAGUACGUCAUCCUGGAGAAGUCCGACGUCAACUGGUACAAGGCCCGCAACCAGUACGGCGAGGAGGGCUACAUCCCCAGUAACUACGUGACGGAGAAGAAACUGGGGAACCUGGCGCAGUUUACCUGGUACAGUAAACAUGUCAACAGGAACAAGGCCGAGGAGCUGCUGAGGAAGGAGGACAAAGAGGGAGGUUUUAUUGUGAGAGACUCCAGCACACCAGGGACCUACACCGUCUCUCUGUACACCAAGUCUGUCGCAGGCGAGGGAGGCCCAGCCAUAAAGCAUUACCACAUCAAGGAGACACAGAGCUCACCCAAACAGUUUUACCUGGCUGAGAAACACCUGUUCAGCUCCAUCCCCGAGCUGAUCGACUACCACAAACACAACGCAGCAGGCCUCGUCGCCAGGCUGCGGUAUCCCGUGGGCAAACAGGACAACCCGUCCACCGCCGGCUUCAGCUACGAGAAGUGGGAGAUCAACCCCAGCGAGCUGACCUUCAUGAAGGAGCUGGGCAGCGGCCAGUUUGGACUGGUGAGGCUGGGCAAGUGGAGAGCUCAGCACAAAGUGGCCAUCAAGGCCAUCAGGGAGGGAGCCAUGCACGAGGAGGACUUCAUUGAGGAGGCCAAGGUCAUGAUGAGGCUGUCCCACCCGAAGCUGGUGCAGCUGUACGGCGUGUGCAGCCAGCAGCGGCCCAUCUACAUCGUGGUGGAGUUCAUGGAGCUGGGCUGCCUGCUGAACGUCCUGCGGCAGCGGCGGGGCGGCUUCACGCUGGGCUCCCUGCUCAGCGUCUGCCUGGACGUCAGCGAGGGCAUGGAGCACCUGGAGAGGAACGGCUUCAUCCACAGAGACCUGGCCGCCAGGAACUGCCUGGUGAACGGCGCUCUGGUGGUCAAGGUGUCCGACUUCGGCAUGGCCAGGUACGUGUUAGACGACCAGUACACCAGCUCCUCAGGUGCCAAGUUCCCCGUCAAGUGGUCGCCUCCUGAAGUCUUCAACUUCUGCAGAUACAGCAGCAAGUCGGACGUCUGGUCCUACGGUGUGUUGAUGUGGGAGGUCUUCACUGAGGGCCGCAUGCCGUUCGAACACAAUCAGAACCACGAGGUCGUCUCCUUGGUAACGCAGGGUCACCGGCUCUUCAGGCCCAAGCUCGCCCCGCACGCCACCUACGAGCUGAUGCAGCUGUGCUGGCAGGAGAGACCAGAGGAGCGCCCGUCUUUCUCUCAGAUCUGUCAGAUAAUCUCCAGCGCUCUGGAGGGCGACGCCUCCUAAAACCCCAACUAACCAAUCAGCUGCUUCCACUGCACGGCCACCGCCGCCAGGACAUGGACAGCCUUGGGUUUGUGCUGUUGCUUCAGUGGCAGCCAUGUUCUGUUGUCAUGGGAACUGUUCAUAGCAGGCGGCUGUAUUCACGGCUAGGACUUUGAGGUUCUACAGACGGGACAGUUAAACACAGAACAUGGUGGAACCCAGCCUUUCCAGACUUUCUUUAUCAACGGCUUUGGGACUGACCAAUCAGAUGCCACAAUCUUCUCAUCUGCCAAUCACAUCUGUUGAUCCA